GGCGGGAAGUUACAGGGACCAGGAAGUGAACUCCGUUGCAGGGGAGGCAAUACGUUGAAAACAGAGAAGCAAACUUAUCUUUUAAGAAUGGAUAAAGAAACUCCAGUGAAGACAACAGACUGGAAAAGCACGAAGCAGGCUUUGGCAAACUUUCGGCGACUUCUGAUAUGUUCUAAAUGGUAAGUUACGUAAUGUUUGCGUGAACGGGAGGACGUGCUUAGUCAAUGAAAAUGUUAAGUAACGUAUAUGGUGAUAAAUAAGACAUUGAAACGGGUAAAUAUGAGGUUUUAAUGAGUUUUUCCUCUGAAAACUUUUGUCAGUUUUUGUAGAUACCUUAUGCAGCCUCUCUAAACAUAACACAGUUUGUCACCCGAGCCUCUUUGUGUUGAGAUAAUACUGCUUGUCAUUACAUCAGAUAAAUAAUCAUGACAGGUCGACCUAAAGUGUCGUGUUACUUCUGUUUUUAGUCAUCUUAUUAAUUGAUGUACAAAAUGUGUAAAAGAGGUGAAACUAUGCGGCAACAAGAACUGAAAUCGUGUCAGUCUGUGCACAACAGUGACCCAAGUGCGUGGCUGUGCAUUAUAAAAAAUAAAACAUAACAUUUUUUCACAUCAUAAUAAGUGCAGCAGGGUCAUUGCAUGAAAUUGGUGCCUUUUGCUGCCCCAAGACGUAAUCAUUCAUAAAAUUAUCAUAACAAAAAAAUAAUAUGUAAUUUAAAAUACAACAUUACCAAUUUUGACCUGUCCCUCACUACUAUUACUGUACAUAUACAGGACUUUUAAUUUGUAAAAUGUUUGCAAACUGUUAAAAUUUUCACAUUUACAUAUUGUUUUAAGUAUGAUCUUCUUGUCAAACAGUGUUUUUGGUAAUAUUAUAUUAGUUAUUAUAAUUAUUUACCAAUUUAGUAGCGUCCCCUGAUUUCAUGUCAACCCUGUUACCGAAACUAAAAAAACCCUAAAAAAAAAUAAUGGUACAUUCCAGAUUUGACAUGAUUCACAGGAGGUAGCAUCCUCUCUGAGCCAGGAUGCUAACAGCUCAGUGACAAUUAAGUUUCUCUCAUCUCUGAUGUGCUAUUUUUUUACGUUAAUUCAAGGUUUAACCAGGGGGGACAGGAACAAUGUCAACCCUGUUACCACUUUUUAACAUAUAAACCUAAACAAUUUCUAUUUCUCAAAAUAUAAUCAAUAUCUACAAGUAAUUACCUUUCAAAGUACCUAGCUUGCACUUUAGCUAGCACUUAUUUAAGCUAGCCUCAGGCAGAUUAGCCUAAAAUGAUCAACCCUGUUACUGUCAACCCUGUUACCACUUUUUAACAUAUAAACCUAAACAAUUUUCUAUUUCUUAAAAUAUAAUCAAUAUCUACAAGUAAUUACCUUUCAAAGUACCUAGCUUGCACUUUAGCUAGCACUUAUUUAAGCUAGCCACAGGCAGAUUAUUUUAAAAUGGUCAACCCUGUUACCUUUCCACAGUAACAGGAUUCAACAUGUGAGUAACAGGGAUGACAUAGAAUAGUGUUUACCCUCGUUGUACUCUCUUUAAAGGUUAAACUUUUAAAAUUAAAACAUUUUUAGGUCAUCAAGUGAACAUUAUCGAGCUAAUUAUUAUUGUUUGAUUGAUUGAUUGAUACGCUGGUGGAGAGCCAGUUACUUUGUGUCCACUUACUUUUACUCUUGUCAGCCCUGUUAACAUAACGUCAAUCCUGUUGUUGUCGUUGACAUGAUAAAAAUGUAAAAAAUGACAACUCAAAUGGGCUUUCAACACUUACCAAUAUAAUUUAAAUUACAUUAUAUUUUAGAUUGGGCCAUUUUUCAUCAUUUCUCUUCUAAAAAAUAUCUGAUGUAUGUUGAGAUGUGAUCACCACGCAAAAUUAGGGCAUAUAUGAUCAUCUGAAUGACAAAGCUCUAAUUAGAGAAAAAAAUCCACAAAAUGAUAAUAUGAUAAUUUCAAUGGAAAGAGAGACCAAGUAUUGCUAAUAUAUGUACAUAUAUUGCAUAUUUCUAAUUAGAAAUAUUGUAUUUUGUUAAGUUUAUGUCAGUAACAGGGUUGACAAGAUUAUGAAAACAGCCAGGAGAAAAACGGUUAUAAAAUAUGAAUUAACACAGCCUUAGAUGGCACAAUAUAAUUUCCUGCCAUUUUAAACAUUACUUGAUUCCUGGGUACUUAAAAAUUAACAAUUAAAUAUAAUUUAAAUUUUAAAUUUUCUAAGCUGAAAAGGCACCGAUUUCAUGGAAUGACCCAGCAGUAAGGUUUGGGCACAGCUUAAUUACACAACACCUGAUAGAUAGGAUGACAAAAAAUGUCAAAGAUUUUCCUUUGGCUGCAGCCAACAGGGUCUUUGUGAUUUCAUAAUCCUGGGAGGGAGGUGCUUUUGUUAUGCUUGAGUAGUGUCUUCUUUUUUUUUCUCUAUGCUGAUUAAAUGUUUUGUUUAUUUUGCCAGCUCAAAUUUAAUGAAGGAACCUGUGUGUCUGGGGAUGUGCGAGCAUAUGCUUUGCAGGUAAAGUAAACUCAGCUGAAUGUGUUUGUCUCCAACAUGCUCAAAUAACAAUAGACCUGACUCAUAGUAAAUACACCUACUGUUCAUUUAGCUCCUUUGUCUUUAGCUGUUUUGCUUCCAGGUUUCUGGUAUUGUCAUUCUGCUCUGCUUACAGGAAUCAGUGCUUUUAUUUAUUUAUUUAGAACAACAUGGUUUUUGUUUGCUAUUACAAAUAAAGAUGUCCACAGUAAUGGCUUUUAUACCUUCCUGGAGUCAAGAGAGGGCUUGGCUCUGUACAAUUUGACUGCCUUUAUACAGAUAAAUAUAUACCAUUUGUGUAAACUGAUUGAAAUAAGCAACUAAUCCAAAAACAAUCAAGUCAGUCGAUUCCUUUGCACUUAAAAAGGAACAACUUUAAUACUUUAUAUUUCACUCUUUAAUUAUUAACCAAUAGCUUGUAAGGCCUGUGGUAAUAAAAAUCUGUUUUGUUAUGGGGCAUAUAUCUGGCAUAGGUUAAAUACUUCGUAUAGUUGUUUUGUAGUUUCUUUUCAAUUUAUGGUUUAUAUUGUUAAAAGUCCUUCUGGAGGUAAUUAAUAUCCCCAUGGACACAAACUUUAGCCUCAAGUUAUUCCUUGUCUUCAUGACUGACUGACCUUCAAAGGUUAAUCAAUAAGCUCAUUGUAUUUCUUCUUACUGAACGGUGGAGUAGACCAACUCCUAAUCCAAACUUUGUUUGUUGCUCAGGUCCUGUGCUGGCCCUCGGGCGGGAGAUGGCUGUGCGGUGUGUCACAGUCCUGCGUGGGUGAAGGAUAUCCAAAUUAACAGGCAGCUGAGCAGCAUUGUGCAGCUCUUCUGCAAUUUAGAGUCCUUGCUGGGUCCCACAGAACAAGCUGGUAUGUAGAAGUCAUUAUAAAGCAGCUUCCAAGUAUAAUUAACAAUCUCUACACUCAUCAGCCCACUCCCUCUUCGAUCGAUUGUUGACCAAAAACAUUUAGCAUUUUCCUCCACCAAUCUAGCCUCUGAAUGACAGUAUUAGUAGCUUGAUUGUGUAGUUGAUUAUGUUCAUUGCCCUUCCAAAAUCCUGGACUGGUAAUGACAGUGAUUAUGCACUUUAAUUAACAAUGGUGUUUUUUAGGAGUAGAUCUCAGCUUUGACAAAGACAUGGAGGUAAACAUGUUUGCUGAAUGUUGUGGGUUCUAUAGAUUUACAAGGUGAAAGCCAGGGGUUUAGACAUUUAAUUUGGCACAGUAACUUUCAGAAGUACAUUUAAUAGAUCUGUAUGAUUAUAUUUAAAAUUUGGUGUUACUUUUAUACAGUAAUAUAAUAUUUAAACAAAUACAGAGACUAUUUUAGAACAGAAAAACUAUAAUAAUAAAGCUACUUAAAAAAAUAGUUUGUAAAUGAAGUAUUCUGAUUCUGAUAAUAGAAGCUGUUUGUGUUUUUUUUGCUUGCAGACUCCUCUACAGCUGAGAUUCUCCCGCAACCAAAGAGUCCCGAAUCAAAACGCAAGAAAAACUUUAAGAUCUGGUUCAGCCCCCGCAGCCGCAAGGUACGCUGCACAGUAGAGAAGCCCUCAGAGGUCAGUGUGCCCAUAAGCAGGUCUUCCAUAGAAGCAGGUACAGCACAGCCAGACUCUGUUACUGCUUCAGAUCAGGACCUGUCGGUUUUCAAUUUCACCUCAUCCUCCCAAGACUCAGGCUCUGGCUGCUCAGAAACUGGAUGCAAAAAUGAAAACUUGAAUAAAAAAAAGAGGUCAACUAAGAAAAACACUGCCAGCAGGAAGGUGUCAGUGCAGGUUGCUCCAAGGAUCACACGCAAACAGGCCAAACAGACGAUGAAGAAGAGCAGACUGGAGGCUAUAAAUCUGCAGUGGGGAAUCACAGAGAAGGGAAAUGCCCUAAAGGAGAUGGAGCAGCCCUGUUCUGAAGGAGCAAGGAGGUCCAGCAAGAGGGUUUCCUUUUUGAGCCCCGCUGUCGCAUCUGAAGAGCCUCAGCCUGAAGUGCCAAAGCAGAGUAUUGAGGAACUAAGCUCCAACAGAGGCACAGAGGGGGCUAGUCUUUCUGAAGGCAGCGCCGCUGUACCCAGCAACCAAUCCCAGCCUUGUCAGAGCGUUCAGGACAGAGACAAACUGCCUGCAACUGCCACCCACCCAGUUUCCAACCCUGACAAACAAGAAAGCCCAUGUACUCCAAAGUAUUCCUCAAAAAGAUCCAGAGUGGAGGAGAAAAUAACCACACCGGAGACCACCCCAAAACGGCCCCGAGCUUCCCCAGGCAGGAGAAGAAAAUCACAGAUGUCUCCUGCUGUCCUAAACCCUCCAUCUUCAACUAGCCCCAGGUGUGAGAGGAGCAUCAAAAAAUCACCAAAACUAGAGCAGGGAGACAGCCCCUCUCACCUGCCUGCUGCUGCUGGAAGAAAAUCUCCAUGUGCAGGUGCUGGGCGGCCCAGCUCAGGGAGCCCUCCAUUUAUGAAGAGGAACCACAAAGGAGAGACCCUGCUGCAUCUAGCUGCUAUAAAGGUGCUCUUUUUUUAUAUUUCACCUUUAUUUGAGCCUUUCAGUGAAAUAUCUUACACAGCACUGUGAUAGUUAUUUUAUUCACAAUUGAAUAUAAAAUUGGUUCAACUAAAUUAAAAUGAGAUGAAACUCUUUCAUUCCUGUUUAAAGAGAUCUGAAUCAAAAUCAUGAGUGAUGAGCUCCCACACUAACCUUCUAUCUUGUCCAAUUAUCUCCAGAUUAAAGUUGUUAUGAGAAGCUUUUUAAGAAAAUCUUUUUCGGAAAAACUUUUAUUUAGCCUUAAGUCUCAUUAUUCUCCAUUUAAGAAAAGCAAGCUCUCUCCUUCAGAAGAUCUUUGAGUUGAAUAUUUUAAAAUGGACAGUGUUAUUGUAGAAUAGGGAGUUAUAAAAUUUUAGUUUUUCUCUUCAAGCUGUUUAAUUUUUCAUUAUGGGAUGUUUUAUGUAAAGCAAUACAUCUCUAACAAAACUGAGAAGAAAAUUGAAACAAUUAUGAACAAAAUUGAGCAAAAAACAUGAAUACAUAAAAGAAUUGAUGUACAGCUGUGCUCAUGUGUGCACAAACAUAUGAGUCCAUGUACAUUUCUGUAUUCAUCUAUCUAAUUAGGUUCUUUAAGCCAGGACCAAAAAAGCAACUUCUCCUGGGGUUUUAUUCAUAAAAGCACAACGCUAAAAUUCACAAAUAUAUCCUGUAAAUAAGAAGAAGAAGCAGGAGGUAAAGUUAGUUAAUAAAAAAGUAGAAAUAACACUAAACAGGAGCUGACGUUAUGACUGCGGUGUGGAGGUAAUGUGUGGAUGAAAGGUACCUCACAAUCCUAACAGACGCUCUCAAAAUCAAACCGGUGUAAUCCAGUUUGAUUUUGGCACACAUGAGAGAUAUGUCUGUAUUUAAGUAACAGAUGGUAUAGUUAUUUGUUUAUUGACUCAGCACAGGCACAAUAGAGCUGUGCAGUGGUUUGGGUGUAAAGCUAAUGCUGAUCUGCUGGAAGUUUUAGUGUCUCCAGGAUGAGCUGAGCAGACAUGCCACACUUCACAGAUGUAAAAUCAGUGCAUCUGAGGAGCACUUAGGCUGGCUACAUACAAGCGACAGAAAACAACUGUUAGGGUUUUCAAGUAUCUUGUGAUUCAGAAAAAAAAAAACAGCAGUUUUUUUUUAACCCAUAACACAACAACAUACUCACAAAUGUUCAAGAAAUUAUUAAGACAAUCAAAUUUCUCAUUUUACCACAAAUACUUUAAAGAAAACUAAAAAUGAAGGUUACAUAAGUCAUAUAAAAUAAGGUCAUGGCAUCCAUUUUCCUUUGGACUCUGAUAUUGUAGAAUAUCUGUUGGAUAAAAUAAUGAUUUUUCUAAAAUGCAAACCUGGCUACCCAAUGUUUUCAUUAUUCUUUUUUGCAUUUAUGCUUGAUUUGUUGACGUCAAAGUCGUCUCUCCCUGUUGGUUUUUGUCCCUCUGUCAAAGACAUUAGUCCUCAGAUGAGCAGAUUGUAAUGUUCUGGUCUGUUGAGAAUAAAACUGUCUCGCAGUAAUCCUUGUAAACAUAGCAGUAAUCCCCCUCUGAAUCCCAGACAAGGUAAUCAAUGACCCAUUGUGGAGUGUGAUUGAUAAACAGCGGGGCUCUGGUACACAGGGAUCAGUGCCUGUGUUUGAAGGGUUGCGUUUGCAUGUCUUACAGUUCUGACCUCAGGUUUGUUCUCUCUUGGCCCUGCAGGGAGAUGUAGAGGCUGUCAGGGAGCUGCUGGACCAUGGCUCUGACCCUAACCUGAAGGAUAAUGCUGGGUGGACAUCACUGGUAAGACUAACACCACAAGUAAAGCAUCUGAGAGCUUUGUUUGUCCUUUGGAAAAACUCUCUGGGAUAAAAGCUAGGAUUGUUAAAUUGAUCUGCAUUAUACACACUCUUUGUUUUUGUUUUUUUUUAUAUUUUCAUUGGUCAAAUUUGCAUUUCUUGCCCCCUUUUUUUAAAGCCAUAUCCUAUAGCUAUGAGCUAUAUCCUUUCUUCUUAUAUGUAUACUGUAUAAACGGAUCCUCCUAAGUAAAUCAACAUGCAUUUGUUAACCCAAGCGAGUCACUAACUCUACUGUAGCCCAAUGAUCAUUUGUUAUGCAUGCCUCAGUUGUCUUCAGAUGACAAACUGGAAAUUCUUUCAGUGCUGCCUGAGCCAUUUCUCGACCUUUGGGAAUAAGUGAAAGUGUUUGUUGCUCUCAUAUUGCAGCACUUCACAAAGCUACUUGCUGUCAAGAUGCUCGACUCAAACUUGAGUUUUCAAUAUCAGUUCUGACAAUUUGCAUAUGAUCUUGUCUUGCCCCCGAUAAACAAAAGGCAUGUCAUCCUUAUAUUUGACAGGCUUAUAUGUGUUUCUGUCAAAUGUGACAUGCUACUGUCACACAAACCCACAUUAAGUUUUUUUUUAAAUUGUUUUUCUACAUCCAGGAUCAGUUUUUUUUUUUCAGAGUAGAUUCACUGUAUUGUAAGGUUUAAAACACAUUUCUGUUUUGACAAAGCUGUAGUUUUCUUUUGAGUAUAAUAGUUAAAUCAAACAAACUUAACAAAAAUUCACUCACAGAAGGAAAAAUAAAAUCUCUUGUGUAGCAGAUUAGAGAUUGAAGCACUGCAUGCAACACUUGUCAAAAUUGGUGUUUUUGGUGGCGAUACACCAAAUCUCACAUACUUUUUCAUAUAUCUGACAGCAAUAUGAUAAUAUUGUGGUUUUUAACAGUCUGCAAAAUAAAGAAUAUUGUAAUUCCGUAAAGUUGCUCGAGGGUGACUGAUACGUACAGCUUUAAUCUGGAGAACAUGAGAGGGCAGCCACCAGUCAUCUGUAUAAUAUUGACCUGUUGUGGUCACACACCUGCGACCCCUUUGUGCUGGACUCAAACGUUCCUUACCUUUUAGCUCCUCUCUCUGCAGGCGUCAGGACAGCUGUGUUAGUGAAAUAGCACAGCUGAAGACUAGUCCCAUACCUGGGUUCCAGUGUCUUGAUUGUGUAAAGCACUUGUUGACCUUGAAUGGCUUCAAGUAUUUUCACCUUCACCAAGUAGGUGAUGGAUUGUGCUCACUCUGAAUUAUAAGGCAGCUCAAUGAGUCCAGUGUCUGCUGGUUUUUCAGUAGAGUUGAUGUAACGUAGCUAGGGCUUGGGCGAUUCGUCGACGUAAUCCAUUACAAAAAUUUGUCGACUCAAAAAACAAGCGUCGAUGCGUCGCAUGAAGAUGUAGACAAUGACUACUUCAGGUAACGGUGGAGGCAUGAACAGCAAAUGAGCUCCACCCAAUGUGAUCAAUUUAAAACCUACUUUAGCAUGAUCUUUGAGCAGCUCCUCUUAACCAAUGCACGUGUUCUUCCUGGCUUCCACAUUCACAUUUCCAAGAUCGCGCUGCUUUCUUUCAAGGAGACAUGCAGUGACCUUUCAAUCAAAUAACCCACAGCUGGUGCAGUGAACGCUGCAUCAUACGCCCUGCAUCCCAUAUCUAAUUCAUUCACUUUAAGCAGUUAGCUUGGAGUUGAGGCAUCAGUUUUGUGCUUUUAUUUGUCCUAUAACUCGUCAACUAAUCAGCUGUAUGAUCGCCGACGAUAGCUCGCUAAUGCCAAUACUUGGCGCACUCAAGCUCCGCUUCAUAUAUGUAUACUGAUACCAUACCUGCCAACACUCCCGUUUGUUCCCAGGACUCUCCCGUAUUUCAGACCUAUCUCCCGCCCACCUCCCGUAUUGUCAUUUCUCCCGGGAAUCUCCCGUAGUUUGAUGGUCCACGUUCAUUCAUGAAUGGGAUCACUAUAUUUGUCCAAAGCUUCCAGACAACUGAAGAUUGUCCUGUGUUUCUGCUGAGCCUCACAGACACUGGAUUGAUACUUUUACUUAAUAAUUUGUGAUGAUUUAGGUCGGUUUAAGCUGUAAACUAUAUUUAAGCAGUGUUUGUUGCAAAAUGAACACUUCAAUAAAAGGGAAACAAAUGUGAGACAUAAUAUUUACGUUGAUAGUCUUGCACAGUCUCGGAGUGAUGCAUUCAGGGCAGCCUCUGAUAAAACAGUGCUGUAUUGCACACACAGAUGUUCAGAGAACCUCAUAUGGGAGAGCAUAUAAAAUAUAUAAGGACUUUAACACUAAUACUAGUGGACUAAAUAAGUUCAAGGCAUAUCGUAACUAUUUUUUUUAUUACCAUUUGUUAUUGUUAAAACAAAAGUGUGCAGCUUCACUUAUACUUAUUUGGAUGAGCAAUUUAAUUACAAAUACUCUCAUAAUUAGCUCAUAUUCUUAGAUUCUCAUAGAUUCUUGACUAAAUCAUUGAAUUAAAUACCAAUAGGAAUAGGACAAGUUUUUACUUGCUAUUUUGUUUAAAUUCAUUGUAAUAUUAAUCGGUUAAUAAAAAAUAACCAUUAGAAUGAUCGAUAAAUUAGUCAAUAGAAUAGUCAUGUAAUCGAAAAAACAAUCGUUGGAUUAAACAUUAGGAAAUAAUCGUUAGGUGCAGCCCUAAACAUAGCUCAUCAGCUAGUCCGAACUUAAUGGUUGAAUGGCAGUCCUUGUCAAAAAAAUAAAUAAAAUCUAAAACAAGUCAACUUGCUUGUUGUAAACACAUAUAGGGCUCCCCUUAUUUCUCUCUCUGGUGCCUCCUUAAUGAGCUUUUAAAGUCACACUUCUUCACGUGUGUCACUUCUACUGACAUCAACACCUCCAUUACUGUAAGUGGAUUGAAAAAGUGAUUUAGUAAUUUUUUCAUAGCCAAUACAAACUUAUUCUUACAUUUUAAAUAAAUAUAACAAAAAUAUUUAAACUUGGUGGCUGCGUAUCUGUUUAGCAUCAUGGAUUAUCAUAGGGCUGCUCUUAGUGCAGGAUGAUAAAAUGAUAAUAUAUCAAAUUAAUUUCCCUCAAUAUCGAUAUAAAACAUGGUCAAUAUGCUUUUCAAUAUCUGCGUUAAAAAGAAGAAAAGUGUGCUCUCCAGGAUUUAGCUGGGUUUAGAGCGCCAAGGUGUAUGGUGUAUGUCCCUGUUAAAAGACAUGGAAACAGAUGUCCAGUUUAGUGGUGGGUUUAUUUGACUGGGGUUCGGCAGAUACAGAUACAAAGCAACAAUCAGUGCAGCUCACACCAUACACAACACACAUAGAUAAUAUAACUGAACAGUAUUUACUUAAAAACACCUAAACAACAUGGGCUCUCUAACAGGGAUUCUGCCAUGUUUUGGUAGACUAUACGAAUGGCCAAUGAAAGGGGGAGUUGUUCAGGGUCCGCUUCACGCUGAGAAAAAAAGAAAAUGAGUGCUACUCCCAGCAGAAAUGCAGAUGAAGGCUCAGCAGUUGAUGACAUGGUCGACAACACUGAGGUCGGACAUGAAGCAGAGUAAUGUGCUCUGCAAAUUAUGUCGAGUACAUGUUCUAUCAAAGUCGAGGAAUGCCUCAAAUCUUUUUAACCACCUUAAGCAGUGCCAUGCAACAGAGCACGCUCAAUGCAAAAGGUUGCAAACCCUGUGCAGCCGAAAACAUUCAGUCCGCUUUCUCUUGCGCAACACCUUAUGACAAAACGUUGAAGAGACACAAAGACCUUACAGAUGCAGUAGCUUAUUGUAUUGCAAAAGACAUGCUACCAAUAAGCACUGUGAAAUUAAAUUUUUUCUAUCGUGAUAUAUAUCUAUAUCGACUAAUAUGAAAAAAUAUAUCAUGAUAAACUUUUUCCCAUAUCGCCCAGCCCUAGCUGCUCUUAUUUAGUACGUUGAGGAAAUAGAAAGAUGUGGGUUUAAUUUCUAGACAAAUUAAAUCCAUGAUAAUGCAGAUUCUUUUACUCUACUAUCCUUAUUUUUGUUGAUAAAUGUUUUUUCAUAGUGAUAAAAUUACUUAACAAGUCCUGUUGAUAUCAUAAAGUGGCUUGUGACGUGUAAUGUAAAAGCUACCAAAACCACAGGGAACUGUGUUAGACCAGAAAUGACAGUACUGUGGCUGCCCAUUCAUUUCAAUAGAAUUACAUUUAUUGAAGAAACACGACUGUUUUUAAUAAGCGUGCAGCUUUUUGAGGUACCAAACUCAUUCCUGAGGGAUAUGCUCCUGAAGUAACCCUUUGCUCUGUUAAGUGUUCAGCCUUCUUCAAAAAUAGACUCAUUUAUGGAGCUACAUUCCUUAACUGUGUUAAUUUUAGAAAAGAAAUAAGGCAGGUCAGAAAAAACAUCUCACCAGAUGAUCUUUGUGAGUUCAGUCUACAAAACUAAAACGAGACAAAGCUCUAACAGCACCUCCCGCAGUAAACUUGUUGUAGUUCUUCACUUUUCCAAAUACCCCAGGGAAGAAAACUACAACGUCUGUCUACAACAUUAGCCAUCAAAGAAUGUCAAAGUCAUGUUGAGGCUUUGAAGCUUCUGCAGUUCCCUAAAAAGUAUCUUCAAGAAGAAAAGGAUCAAAUGGCGCUGAUUGAAAUAGGAUGAAAAUUAAGAAUGACAAAAUCAAAGGUUGUUAUUCCUUUUAAAGCAGAGCAGGUCAACCUUGAGCUCUACGGCUUUCUUUUCCAGCAUGAGGCGUGUAACCUGGGUCACCUGGCUGUUGUGGAGGUCUUAAUCUCAAGCGGAGGUCUGUUGAAUACGCCUGGCUAUGAAAAUGACUCUCCACUCCAUGACGCUGUGAGGAACGGACACCUGGCCAUUGUCAAACUAUUACUGCAGCAUGGAGCCUCCCAGAAUGUGCUGUGAGUUUCUCCAGUUUUUUACCCUUUUUCUACCCAGAGUUAUAUUUGAUAAAGAGUUGCUGGUGUCAAAGUAAUCACAUCGUGACCCAUUACAAGAUCAGGGUCAGACCGGCACAUGUGGGUGUAAUGUGGUAAAAAAGAGCUGCUGCUGCUGCUGGACAAGUAAUUAAUUGCACAGAUGGUAAGCUUUGCGGAGUCCUUGCUCUGGUCUUCUGUGAAAUUCUUCAAGGACUGACCAGACACUGUGACCUGGAAACAAGAUUUUCUGAUAGAGUGGUUUUCAAACUUUUCCAGUCAUGUACCCUUUUCUUAAACCUUUCAGCCAAAAAAAAACAGCCAGUGUGAAAACAUUAUUUUCUACAUGCAACACUUCCGAUCUGCCAAGAAAGGAUUAGAUCAGUUAGGGUUGAAAUGAGCAUGAAGAAGUUUCAUACAUGAUACUAAGAGUUUCAAGACCCUUAGUAGUCAGUGUUUUCCCUUUUCUGUGAUGUGUCUUUAAAUGUGUUUUCAGCUUCCUAUCAUGUUUGAAACAAAUCAAGUCUUUCUUAAUUUUUUUGUUUACUUGAGUAUCUAAACUGGCCGGAUGCUAACAUAACAUGUUUAAAGUUAGUUGACAGUUUAAUGAGGUGUGUUAUCAUAAUUUCUUUUGUUUUUCAAAUCUCCUUGUACAUUUGACUUACAUGUAGUUGUUGAGUGACUCACAAUACAAGAUGAUAUAUGGCACACAAUUUUCAAAACAUCAUGGUACUGUAGAUCUUGAUAAUCAGAUUUGAAUACUGCAAGACAAUCAUGAUUUUUAAUCAGAAUAUUUGAUCAAAUGAGGAGCUCCGAAUAGCCCUUAAAUGUCGGAGAGAAACAGCCCGGUGACUCCUGAUACAAUAAGAUGUGACACAUGGCCCAUAGGAAAAAAAAAAAAAAGAUAUGGUAUAGGGCCACGUGAUUUUGAAAAAGACCUACAUGGAAAUAUUUUUUCUUUCUUGGAAAUGAUGAUAUUACAGCAGCAGUUUCCUAGUAUAAAAAGGGAUACCAGUAUAUAUGUCACACAUUUUCCUUAGACGUUCUUUACAUUAAAUACAGAAUAUAACAAUUAUUGGAUUUUUAAUGCGGAAGUUUGAAAAGAGCAGUGGUGCUAGUAAAAAUAUGAAUAUGCAGUGAGGUGAAAUUACAAUGUAUGAAAGUGUAGAAAUCUUACCAAAUAAAUGCAGGUUGUGUAGAAACAAUUCAGAAUUUCCACAUACAUUUUGUUACUUAGAUCCUCUUCUCUCUUUUGGUAAAUAGUAAAUAGACUGUGUUUAUAUAAAUCACUUUUUUUAAUCUUCUGACCACUCAAAGUGCGUUUACAUCACUUGUCACAUUCAGUCCACAAUCACAUAGCAGAGACUGCUAUGUAUAGAGCCCACCAGUAAUAACUAAUCCCAUUUUCACACAUCUGGGCCCAGCCAGACGGGGCAGUUUGCCUUAGGACCAUAGACUGUAUAUAGAAUGGACGCCAUCUGCCUCCUCGCUGGGUGAAGCCACCCUGCGAACAGCACCCUCAGGUGAGGGGCUGAUGUAUAGGUCAUAAAUCCCGCCUCAUCCAGGAAUCCCUAUGGAGUUGUAGACAAACUUUAGAAAUGAAUUAUAUAGUAGGGCUGGGCGAUAAACCAAAACUUUACAGAUACUGAAAUUUAUGACAAUAACCGACAUCAUUUUUCCCCCAUCUGUAUAUUCUGUGUUUUUCCGCUUUUAAAUGAACCCCCCCCCCCCAAACCCCUUCUUUCAUCAAAUCAUCCAGCCCUCUGACUGCAGCUUCAACUCCUGCAUGGGGGAAGUUUGCAAGUGAGCUUAAAGGUUCUUACAAGUUGAAGUAAGGUGAUGUCAAACACAUGCACACAUUGCAAUUGUGAUGAUUGAAUGAUGCCUACGAUAUAGCCCUGCUAUGUAGUGGUAGGUAAUAUAGGACAUAAUAAAAUACCAUAAGAUAGCAUAUAAUAUGAUACUGGACCUACAACAAAAACAUCAUGGUACUACAACAGGUUGGCUGUGGAAUCUAUUUAGAGCACUUUAUGAUAAAAUCUGGAUUUUUGGCCCGGUGUAUCCAUAUUUUUCCUCACAAGGGUCAGGAUAAUUAUAUUUUUUGACAGUUUCCCCCAGUAAAAGUUCUACAAUUUGAGCUCUAGUCUAAGCCUGUUCAUCACAGUAGUUUGCCCACCAACAGAAAGCAAACAAAAGCAGAUAACAAAAAUACUGGGAGAAAAAAAAAACAGGCUGAUUGUCUGCUGAAGAGAGCUGAAUUUUCCUCCUGAAUUGAUUUUUGUCAUUGGAUGUGACACAAACAAACCCAAAGACAAAUCCAAUACAGCGUUCUGUUAUCCAUCACUACCUUUUAAACAGUUAUUGAAUAUUUGAACGGCUGUUGGGACUGUCGCUGCUGUGGCUGGCAGCGUUGUUUUGGUGUGCUUUAUUGAUGAGAGCUCUAAAUGCUCUGUCUCGUCCAUGUAGAUAAAAAUGAGAACAAAACCUAUCAAAAUAUCUUUUAACUGAGUCAGACAGCUGGAGAAAAGAAAUCUCUGAAAAAAGUUCUUAUUACCAGCAUGGCCAUUGUGUUUCUUUGUGUUACAUCAUAGAGGUGAACUGUGGACGAGUGCUUAUUUUCCACUGCUUCAAUUACUCCCCAGGUGCCUGUUACCCACUCACUGUACAAAGUAUUCAGCCUCUGUAGGACCAAGAACAGGUCUAUGUUAGUGCUGUAAGUCGAUAGACAGAAAAUCUACUGAUGCUGAUUAGUUGUUGGUCAAUCCAUUGAUGCUGCAUCAGCGUUUUCUGGUCUGUGGAGGCAGGGUUUGUAAUGAGGGAGUGGAAGAUGCUGGUUAAUCAUCAAGAUCGAUAGAGCAGUUGAUCGGGGUCAGUUUGUUGGUCAGUAAGCACUCUCUGUGCGAUCAUCUUAUACUUAUCAUCCUCUUGUCUCCUCCCUUCUUCAUCUGGCCUUAUUUGUCUCAGGACUUUGAUCAGUCCUGAUUGCCCGCUCUUACAUUUCAUCUCUUUACUGCAAGGGGGGAAAAAAAGAGCCUGUGGUUUGGAGUGUCUGUCAGAGCGCUGCAAGAUGAACGCAAUCCUUGCCCUAGCCUCCUGGCUUACCACAAACGCACACACAAAUACGUUCACACACAUACACACACCUAUAUAUGGGUACUCAGACGAGAGGCAAACCAAGACAUCUGCCAAUGCAAUCCCUAAUGGAAUGAUUGGCACUCAGCUGAGGGCUCAGACAUACAGGUUUUUCAGAAUUUCAUUGUUCCUCUGUGUACAUUUGUGUGUGCACAUUAAAUUUGAAUGACUGGUCUGUGUGUCCUACAGUGACAGUAAGUCCACUUUCACAUGUAUAUAGCUCCCUGGGGCUUGCUAUUACAACACAAAGGGAAGUCUUAAAAGUGGCAAAUUCUUAUGUGAAUACUAAUGUGUUACACAGUCCACUUUUCCCUGUUAUCUCCAAAACGACAGGUUUAAGUGUUUUCAGAGAAGCUGGACAACAUGCACAGCAGGGCUCCUUACCACAAGUCUCAGCCCUCCAAGCACAAGCAUCUACGUGCAGCACAUUCGGAGAGCCUGCAAGGUGUUGCCAGAUACCAUUUUUUUAAUGUCAAUAGACUGAAAUGGACAAUAAUUCAAAUUUUGUACCUUUUGUACAAUUUUUUUUGUAUAUGUCACUAUUUUACCAACUAUAUAAUAGGUUUUGUAAAUUAGACAAGCUCCAUGACAAUACUGGAAGAAAAUAAAUGUUUGCUAAUAAGAAAUAAAAACAACUUAUGUGAAUUGACCUGCUCCUUCUACAAGCCUGGAGCACUGAAUCCAUACAGAAAUUAAUUAACAUCACCUAUGAGCUUGUACUGACGCGUCAACUCCGAUACUCUGGAUGGAGUAAUUAAAAGACAGAUAAGCAAUGACAGCCUUCAAAUGUUAACACUGAAUUGUGAGCCAAAGGCAGUUCAAAGGCUAGCUGGAUGCGGACUAUAGAACUAAAAGAACAUGGUAAAACACUCAGAUCUAAAUGUUAUGUGAAAUAGUAGCUUUGUUUGAUUAGCAGGACUUGUUUUGAUUUGAAUGAGAUUAUGUUUUCCCCAAAAAUGGAGCCAAUGCUGGAGUGCAAAAUACUAAUUUUUUUGAUUGUCCUCUUCAGGCUGCUCUGAAACCAAGGAGUGCAUAUUAAAAUGCCCAUGAAUCAAACGCCUUGAUCUAGAAUGAAUGAAAUGGAUUACAGUGUGAGCUGGCUAAAGGAAUUACCUCAAGAUCCUUUGAAUUAAUAAAAGGUGUACGGUGCCCCAGGGCUCAUUCUCCGAACCACUGUAGUGAACGGUUCAUAGAAAAAGUACUGUUCAUAAAGCCCCCCCCAUGCAAGUGUUCAUUUGCUUUAGAGUGAUAGUUAUAUAAUGCUAUAUACUUUUAAGUCUCUUGAAUUUUUUAUAAAGUGGAUUGGAGGAGAAAGAGGAUGCAUCAGGUGGUUAAUGCUUAAGGUUUAUUUAUGCUCAACAUUACAUACGAAUUCUGAUACAAGCCGAGCUCUCCGUACGUGCUUUGCGUUCUUUUCUUCCGUAUUUCCGCAUGUAUCCUCAGAGUUGACGGAUACGGGCCAGACAGAGUAGUACCACUGGAAACCGUGGGGGCAUUCUCUGUCCUCCAACCGCGAGGCAUUUAGUGGCCUGACCGACCACAGCCUCACUGCCCAUAAAUGAGCCUUUAGGCUGAUGGCUUUUUGUCAUGUGAUCAAGGAUAUAUUGACCUUCAUUUGUGAUUGUCAUGUGUUGUAUGUCUGGAACUAUUGUAAAUUGCACUGCUUCUAUUUUUGGCCAGGACACACUUGUGAAAAAGGUUUUUGGUUAAAUGAUAUUAAACAAUCAUUGAUAUUUAUACAACUUUAAUACCUCAUCUAUUUUGAUUGUAUUUAGUCAAAGAGCUGUGCAUGAUUGAGGCAUGUAGCUGAUUGAAUCAACAGGUUGGCACAUUGUAGGGCUUGCCUUUACCUCUUGCUGGUUUUUAGCUCAGCUGAAAGUUAGACUCAGUUUUUCCAAUAUUGUGUCAACCAUCUUUGGGUCUCAUUGAGCCUCAUCAUACCUCUUUAUAUACCAAUGGCUGACAUUAGCAAAAGGACUUCCAUGCCUUACACAGAUGAUUCCAAUUGCCACUUCAUUUAAUCUUUGAAAUGAACCAACAGGGUAAGGAGUGCUGUCUUCUUGCCAUGAAUAGUGUACUCAUCCACUGGACGUUGCAUAUUUAUCCCAUUUGAAUAAAGAUGUUUGAAAUAUUAUUAUUAGUUAGAAUUAAGCCAUCUUCAAGCACAUCAAGCUCUGAUCUUAAUAAAUUGAGAUGUCAGAGAAGAGCAUUUGCAAAAAAAAAAAAAAAAAAUCUUUGACAGAGUCAAAUGGAAGCAUGAGAUGAGUCAUGUCUUGCUUUAUCCACCAUUAGCAUUAACACACAGCUGAUCCCUCCAUUGGGACAAAUCAAGAGAUGAUUGUUAAAGAGGGAAAUAUAACUAAUGAGGCUUUUGAUUAAAAAUGCAUUGAGGCUUCACCCAUUGCCUCAUCAGCUGGGUGUCACGUGCUUUCACCAUUAGACUUGUGAUUACUCCGUAGACACACUGCUGAGCUGACAGAGUUCAAAAGUUCUGUCCGCUGUCGAGUGAGCACGGACCUGCAUCUCAAUUCUGAAUUGAUCCCACAAAACCAUCUGGUACUCCAUGAGGAGGAGCAAAUCUGAAAGAGAAAUAUAGAUAAGAAUUUAGAGGAAGGUAAACAACUCUCACAUAAGAUGCUGUAAAGGUAUGGAUCAAUAUCAAAACAGUCCCAUUUUUAUCUAUAUCACUGUAUGUGUGUUAUGUCACCGUUUUUCAAACACUUGUGGGUGCGAACUGAAUUCAUGUUUGGCUUAAAAUUAAUAUUUGAAUCUCCUCCCUCCAGUUCAAAUAAGAGUCAUGGUUGCAGUGGUUAAGAUCCACCACCGCCUGCCUCCCACUUGUGUACUUGUCGAGGCUUGUGGGAGAGUGUUUGUGGCUCUGCCUCCUGCACAAUUUUCCACGCUUUAUUAUUUUUCUCCUGAUAUGCCUCUCACGUGCAGCUGCAUAAACCAGCUUGUUGCGUGUGUGUGUGUGUGUGCGCAUAUGUAUAAGUGUCAGGGACAUUUUAUGUUUGUUUGUAUUUGUGUGUAUAUACGGGGGGUUGGGGGUAUGAAUCCAAAUGAAAUAUUUUAUGGACCAGUGGACCUAUUAAUUGUCCCCCAGGUGUUAUCUUUGCUGACGCCUAAUCUUUGAGAGACGACCUGCUGGGCUCACUUCUCUCUGUCUCCUCACCCUCUCUUGAGCCUUUUUUCAUUCUUUUGUACUUUUCUUUUCUUUCCUCAAGGUGACCCCAGCUGUGUUUCUGCUGCUUUUCAAACAAAAACUACGUUCUUUAAAGCUUGUCUCCAAGAUACUGUAUCUAUUGGGGACAAUUGGAGUUUCAUCUGAUGAGGACAAAGAAUCUGAGAAAUAUAAGUCAAGAUAUUAUUGUGUGCUUCUUGCAUACACUACCGUCCAGUAUGUUGCGUUGUGUUUUGUAAUCUACAGCACAGAUUUCAGCUAACCCUCUUAUCAAACAAUUAUGCUCCAACAAGUGAAUGACUCACAAAGAUGCAGUUUCACAUAACAAGCAGGGUGUAACCUCGCUAGAUUGUUUUUCUCCAAGCUCUGGGCUGGCAAAUAUUGAUUUAGCUCUACCCUGCUCAACCAGCGAUAAAGACAACUCCAAAAUGUGCACAGAUUGUAAAGAAAAAGUCAGACAGGGUGGAUGUCUUAUCAGAAAAGACAGACUUUGUACUCUGCUACAACUGCUACCAGGAAAAUCCUGCAACAGGUUAGUUACAAAAUGUAAUUCUUUAUAUCCAGGUUUAAAAAGUGUACAUUAUUAGAAAAGUGAUGAAGAUGGAAUAAUUUCCUUCAAAAUUGCCCCUGUUUAAGAAAAGCACAUCUUUUUGGUCUUUUGGUUGUUGUAUUAAUCGAUAAAUUUCAUUGACAGACUAAAAACACAUACAUCGCUUCAUUUCUGCCCCCAAAUAAAAAUGCAGUGAAUAAAUCCAAUAAUUCUGCACCACACCUUUUUAGCAAAGGUUAGUACUCUUUAGUUGAUCUUAGGGCUGAGUUACAUGGCCUCAAAUCAAUAUCACAAUAUACUGAGCAGUUCACCUCGAUAACGAUAAAUGCACGAUAACUACUCCACAAGCUGCUCACCCCCUCCCACAUUCACUUUGUCUACUUCAGUCGUUGGUACAACUCCUGAACCAUCCUCCCUCACCUGUCUUUCCCUCUUUGUUACGGACUGGAAUGGGAUGGAGUCACGUCUCUGACGUAGGACAGCGUCUUAAAGGGACAUGAGACCAUAACCUACCUACAAACAUCCCAAACCAAUUUUUAUUUAUUUUUUGGACACCGAAUAUAUUGACAUGGGCGAAAUUACGUUGGUUAUAUUCGUAAAUUUCAGUAUCAGUUAAUUUUCGAUUUAUCGCCUAGCCCUCGUUGAUCUGACAUUGUGAUGUAUCAUUAAUUGAGCAUCUUGUAAACCGUAAUUGCUGAAUCACAGUACCAUUUUUGUAGAUCUGUUCCCAAGUAUUGUGUAUCUUGUCUUGAGUCACCUGGCAGUGCCUACUAUUUCUUCCAGCCGUCUAUUCAGUGACCACAGGGUCUGCAUUAUAAAGCAAAUACAUACAUACAAAUAAAACCCACAUGAUGACAUACCUUUUCUCCUCUCCUCUCCUCCUUCUUGUAGUAAUCUGCAUGGAAAGCGGCCUGCAGAUUAUGCGGUGAGUGUGGAGAUGCAGCAGAUUUUCCAAGAGGCCUCAGAUGGAGCCCAAAAUGCUAAUACAGCUCUCAGCCCGUCAGCCAGUCUCUCUGUGGUACGUCUGCAUCCUGAUGUGAUUUCUUAUUCCCCUGAAAAUGUAACCCUGGAAUUCUUAAAUCCCUGCUGUAUUUGCCCAAGCAUUUCUUAUCCAUAUUCUUAUGUCCUUACCCAGGUGAGUGACUGUGCAAGGAGGGAUGAAAUGGUCAUGUUUCUGGCCAGCAAACUAUCACAGCCAGAACAGCUCCAACUGGCUAAACUGGGAGGGAGGAUUGCUGACACAUUUUCUGGCUCAGGUAGUGUUUUUGUGUGCAGUAGCACCUCCACAGGGGGCUUAAACUUCCUCGCUGUUACAGACAAAGCAGCUUAGAAAACCAGUCACAUAUGAUUGCUUUUUAAUGUUGUUGUGUGUGUGGCAUGGGCUCUCAGCAACUCAACAAAUCAACAACAGCUACCAGCCAACUCUUGGGGCGCAGGGAACAUGGCAAGCAAGAUCCCUUUCUGCCAAACAAUGUGAUUAGAAAUAAAUCAUGAUUCGGAUGACCUCAUUAGUGGAACUACCAAAAGAUAUAAAGUCAGGAGAAAGUUUCUGCUCUGGUCAUGAUGUUUUUCAUGAUAAUUAUACAGAAAAGCCCCUUUGCCAUCAUAGAGAAAGGGUUUUUACCUGAAUUAUCCUCUGCACCGAAAGCCAGCAGUAAGUGCUGAAGUAAAAUCACCCAUGAAGGUUCAACAGUAAAUAACAAGUGCUUUUAGAGCUGUAUACAUCAUCGUGAUCCUGCAGCUCUUUCACUGUUGCAUAGUAAUGGCUGAGAGAAAACUAGAGAGCACAAUAAUUGAAAUCAUUCCUCAUAAAGGGUUUCAGGUACUGCCUGGGUGAUGCAUAAGCACCAAUGAAAAACACAAGUGUUUCUCACAAGGCUUUCUACCUUUCUACUUCCAAAUUUUUUCUGUGGGCUACGAAUUCACAAAAUUCCACGGUCAAUGAACAAUGGAGGACAGUUAAGCCCCGCAGAUGUAAUUAUAUUCAUUUUGUACUUGUCAACUGUUCUCUCUUGUUGAAAGAGGAGGCAAUGAGCUUGUAUUUAAAUUUUAAUUAACCUGUAAUUAUGUGUCCCUGUCUCAAACAGUUAAUGAAAUAAGCUGCCACUUUGCCUUUUGUUGUGUUGUCAUGAACUAUUUGUCAGAUUUGCAACAAUUUUAAUGGUUCAUUCAGGCAAAGUACGGGACAAAAAUUAUUCUAUGAAUCAAAAAUAUGUUAGUGGAAACAGGAUUAAAAAAACACACAUCUGUAUCAUUCCUUUCUCCUGGUGAGUUCAGGCUGGAGAAUCAUAAUCAAGAUUUGAUCCAUAAAAUUCUAGUACUGACGAUAGUUUCUUUUGAUUCUUCCUUUUUAAGACUGUUUAAUUAGAUGUCGUUGUCUUUUGUCUGAUAAUAAUAACAAUCAAGAAAUAAAAUAAAACAAAAAUCGGUGGAAGACAUAAAAGCUUUAAUGAGUGUCAACAAAGACAUCAUAAAAACCCGUGAUACCCGGCCAACACAGGGACCCAACCACAAAAACCUGAGACCAAGAGGACUUUUUAAAAAGAGAGAGAGAGAGAGAGAGAGAGAGAGAGAGAGAGAGAGAGAGAGAGAGAGAGAGAGAGAGAGAGAGAGAGAGAGAGAGAGAGAGAGAGAGAGAGAGAGAGAGAGAGAGAGAGAGAGAGAGAGAGAGAGAGAGAGAGAGAGAGAGAGAGAGAGAGAGAGAGAGAGAGAGAGAGAGAGAGAGAGAGAGAGAGAGAGAGAGAGAGAGAGAGAGAGAGAAGAAUUAAGAAGUUAUAAAACAUAGAAGUUUUGAAGAAGACAGAAUCACAUAAAAGCAAGUCUAUAAAAAUGGGUUUUAAAAAGUGAUUUAAAAGCAGUGACUGAUAAAAUGCAUUUAAUGAAAGUAGUCAAUUGAAAUGUCUAUAUAAAUACAUAUAUAUUGAGCGAGGGAGAGCCUGCACUCAACAUGUCUCCUCUCUAAAUUUUCUGCAAUUUUUACUCUGUUUUUUGUAUUUUUGUCAUAUUUUGUUGACUACUGAUGGGUAUUUCUGUUGGGAGAAGAGUUUUAUCUAAGAGAAGAGCUUCUUUCAUUGAUACAGAAAAAAAUCUGGACAACAACAUCCAAUCCCAGAGGACAUCAGGUGGUGUUUUUUGUGGUUGCCAUGCUGGUGUAAAGGUGAACAUAAGGUUGAAUGCUAGGGAAAUGGAGAUAGAAACCCUUUCUUCCAUCAGUCAUUUUGGAAAACGUCAACUCUCUGCCCAACAAAAGUGACAAGCUAGAGAUGCUACUAACCUUCCUUCAAAAUUACAGUGCAAAAUAUACAAAUAAGAAAAUACAACAGCGCACAAGAAAGAUAGAAACUAAGUGUGGCCACACCAGGACAAAACCUGCCUCAGUCAGUCCAUCCUCUGUUGUGUUGUCUGACGUUCCUCUUAUGUGACUGAUUAUAAGUUGAGCCAUACUAUCCAAGAACUCUGGGUUUCAUUCACUUUUCAUUCAAUGCACAUCAGAGGAUGAGGAGAAAAACAAACCGAUCUCUCCCUUUUUUUUCUCUAAAUCUGCAUGAGCUAGAGCUUUAACCAAAUCAGAGGUCUGUGUGGGUUACCAUCAGCUCUUGCUUUCGGUGCUGUUUCUACGCACGGUGUCCUUGGCUGACUUCUUCUCCUGGUAGCAGUCAUAAGAGUUGUCAUCUGUUUUGGGGGUCAUGUUACUAUGUUUUUAUUUCAGCUCACAGGGGGAUGUUCAUGACUCAUCCUGUGCUGUGACAAAAAAGAAGAAAAAUCUCCUAAAUGCUCAUGUUGGUUUGUAGAGUAUCAGCACAGUUGAAUUUGAACUCAGUCAAAUACAGGAUGUGAUCUUGUAGCACUUUGUCUAAAAACUCAUCUUAAUUUUCAUCUAAAAUAUUAAUUUAUACACUGUUUGGUUGAACAGUCCACAGCUCAGUUUUGAGGCAACCUGACACAGCAGGCAGACCACAGCAGCAGGCAGUUGCUAUUUUUGUAUGUGGAGCACAACUCAUUUGUACCAGCUCAAUUUGGCUUAUUUUGUGUUUUGUGUCUGUCUUGUUGUUCCAGUGAGCCACGUUGUUGUGCCAGAGGGACCCAUGCCCACCACCUACUUCACCCUCCUGGGUCUCCUUGCUGGCUGCUGGAUCGUCAAAUUCAGCUGUGAGUAUCAGGAGAGAUGUCGGCUGGUGUAUUUCUCUGUAGAUACUGUUUUUGGACGUCAUGUUAAACAAUGUCACUGCAGUACGCAGUUACCAAGACUCCAACAGCUGUGGAGCUUACCUCAGAUGAAUUCUGUUGAUACAUGCUGUACCUUUUAUAUUACACAAACACAAGAGAAGUGUGUUUGACCCUGCUAUCACAGCAGGUAACGUUAGCUGUGGAAAGCUUUAAUUAAGGCAGCUGCUGUGGCUGCAAACAAGGUUUUCUGAAAAUAUCAUGGAAAUGCAUUUCAUGUUGUGUAAUUACUGCGCAGACAAAUAAAUUUACUGUAAAUCCACAACUCAAAUAUUUACCUCAUUAUACCCUAGAUUGGAUGACUUCUUGCAGAGAGCUUAGAGUUCAUCCAAAGCAAUGAAUGACAAUUGGAUUGAGUACUUUUGAUUUUAAUUAUUUAUUCAGUUCCUGACAAAUACUAGCUUAGGGUAGAACAAGGCUCAAGCUCUUUUCCAACCUGCAGAUCAGGAAAAACACAAAUAUGUUCAUUUCAGACUCAUCAAAAUCUUCUUUUACCUUGCGCCUGAAAGUUAUCAGGUACUUUCACAGCUGUGGUUCAUUUGCUAUGUCCCUGAUUCUGACUGUAAAAUGAUACAUAGAUGGAUUUUUCCUUUUUUUUUUGUUUGUUCACACUGCAACAGAUACAAAGCAGGUCAACACACACUCCCCACCACAGGGCUGUUCGUACUGCAUAGCCUCCUAUUCUGACUGCAUAUAGGCAUACAAAUACCAGACGUAUUGGUUGCACAACAAAAUGAGUAACGGUUUGGUUUGGAGCAGCAAAGUGAUCAAAUGCCUCGUUGACAUUUGAGCAGAUGAGCAUCUGUGUCAAAUGUCACCACUCGUGAAUACAGGGAGUCAGAACUUGUGGAUCAGUGAAUAAACUAAAGAGGCUUUCGGCAGUGUGGGGUAAAGGCGAAGACACUCUAACAGACAUAUAUAAAGGUACAAGAGCAGCUUGGAAAAAGUAGAGACUUCUGUGAUUAGAUAUGAAUUUCCUUGUAAUAGGCAUUAAUUGGUGGUUUAUAAGCCACUUAUAAGACUGUAUAAUGUGCUUAUAAAUGUUUAUUUGUGUUAACAAUUAGUUAUUGAAGCGUUGUCUUUCCUAUAACGUACAGUCAGUGAAGAUGAAUUUCCCCAAGGGGACCAAUAAAUCAAAUCUCAAUCUCAUUCUCAAUAAUUAACAUAUUCAUUACUCCAUGUUAGACAAGUUAUUCUUGUUAUAUGUUAUUCUUAUUUUGACACUGUUCCCACUUCAGAUUCAGUGGCUGCAAAGGAGCAUUGUUGGCUUUUAUAACUGCUCAAUUAUUUUAUCUUUACAAGUCAUAUUUAAUUUAAGUCAGUAGGUUUUCUUUAGAUUGUUGAAAUUCCUGUGAGUCCUCAUCAGGGAAUUUAUAAGCAAAAAUACAUGUUUGCUGCAAUUUUAACAAAGGCUCACAUUUUCUGUUAGUUGACGCUUAUUACAAGAACCUUAAAAUAAAGUGUUACCUGGUUCAAUGAGCUGGACGGAUUAACUCACUAUUAACUAGUUAGUGAACUUUUAGAUGUUAAAUCCUGUGACGUAGGCACACUUAUAAUUUUCAUCUUUUCUGUGAACGUUGGGUAUGAGUAAUGUUAUAUUUUGGUCAACAGUGUUAAACUAAGUGUGUCUGGUAAAUCAGGCAUUUAGAGGAAAGCCCAUCAGGUGUUGGUAAGACUAAAAAAAGCUGUAUUAGCACAGACCCUGCACCAUAAUCGCCUUGUGUUUGGAAAAGUUUUCUCAUCCAUUUGCACCUAUCUAUAUGUGAGUGUUUGUUUGCUUCCUACAAGGUCACAUCUGUGUUGGCUUGACUGAAUCGUUCAACAGUGCUCUGUAGAAAAAAGCAUUCCACCAGCCUUGAGGUUUGUUUGCUGCUGUAAGGUGACUCUGCAUAGUAUAGGACAAGUGAAAAAUCUGAGAAGUAAAUGUUGGAGUCCUGAAAAAACAGUGCAGAACAAAUUGUUUUGCAUACUGUGUGUCCACUACUGACCAUUCAGAUUUUGUGUUGUUGUGACAUCAGAUUCACCGGUAUAUCCAACAUGGCCGACCGGCUGAUUGUUUACGUGUCGGAGAACAGAGUGCUUUUUGAUAAAAGACACAAACAUUACAAAGAUAAUGACCUGAAGGACAACUUGUGGAGAGUCAUAGCGUUGGAUUUCUCAUAUGACGAUAGUUUGUGUGCUUGAACAGUUUGCUAAACGUCUUUGUUUUAACUUUAAUCUGUGCUAAGUAACUUUAGCUCGUAAGCUAACCUGUUCAUAUACAACAUACCAUAUGUAUUUUCACUGUCUCAAACUCAAUCGCGUUGCUGUCACAGCACCAUUAGGUCUCGGUUGUUACCUUACGUUUAUGGAUUAUAGUUUAAUGUGCUUAUCUGGUACUGGCCCCAACUCAGUACAUGCUAUCAUGACAGACAGCCAUCUCAACACUAGUUUCCUAUCAGAACUGAAAAACAGUCAUUCUGCCGUUGUGUCAGUCUUCACGCUUCCAACCGGGAUGCGUCUUUUUUCCCCCCGGAAAGUCGCAAAAUUGCAUCGGGCUUGAUGUUUAUAGUCAGGCGCGUCAAAAUUUGCCUCCGAAUAUUUCGUAAUUUCACGUUAUAUAUACGCGUCGGCCCCGGUGUGUAAGGACCUUAAGUUACAGAUGUUUUGUUUUUUUUGUCUAUGCAGAUACCCUAACUUGCAUUUUAACUGGCGUUAAUUCACAAACCUUCACUAACCUGCUGCACCUCUCUCUCAGUGGCCCCUUUUGCAUGAGUAGUUUUCCUCAGUCUGAUUGAAAUCAAGUGAUCGGAUCAAGUGAAUCUGAUUCCAUCUGUAUACAUGAACUUUAAGUAAAGAGAUCCACGUUCAGUCCACGUUUUCAUGGGCCCAGCUGAAUCCAGUUGUAUUGUAUUGUAUCAAUGGGAAUCGUUAAUAGGAACCAUUGUUUUAGUUCCGUUUUAGAAUUGCGCACAGACGUGUUUGUGUGUGACACCGCCGGAGUUACCAGACCGAGCAGAGUAAGGGACCCUAUGUGUUGAAGUUUAAUAAAAGUAUAAUCCAGCCGGGUUACACAACAAGAAGUGUACGCUUCGUCAGUAGCACGAAACAACACACUUAAACACUCCACCAUCCAGUUUUUCUGUUUGUUUGCCAUGUUUGUUUUCGUUUGGGCGCGCUCUGCGUACGUCACUAUGUGCCUCUUGCGUACUAUCGAGCGCCUGCGCAGACCGAACAAGCCUCUCUGUAAACCCAGUCCGCUCCACUCAGCCGUAUAUAUGGAGCAUGGAGCGGAUUAUCAAUCGGUGUAGACUACCUCUUACAAUCCAACCAGAAAUACAAUCAGAUCCGGGUGAAUCAGAUUGGCUAAGGUGUUUAUAUGAGACACUUUGAAUCUGAUUGACCUUUCAAUCUGAUUGUAAAUAGGAUUUUUGGACCCAUGUAAACGGGGCCACUGACUUCUCCUAUUUCUUUGCCUCAAUGUGUCUGUUCUGCUCACAAUACGCAUAAGCAGUUGGUUUUAUAAAGUCACCCGCAUAACACAGCGUGCGCACUUCAAAGUUUCAGUGGUGAUCCCUGGGUUGACAAGGCUUGUUAUAAACAAUGCAGCAAAUCCAUUGAUCUAAAACUGAGUGUGCAGGAUCAUAUCUGUAGCAAAGCAGGCUGAAAGCAGGAGGACACGUUAGUUAGUGAAGCAGAGAGACAGAGUGAGCAAAGAGAGUGAAGCUGCGUGGUUAACAAGCAUUAACAAGCUAUCAUUGCAUGGGUAAACAGUAAGUAACCCAGGUCUCUUCUACACUGCAAGUUAAAAGUCCUGAGCUCAGCUGUAUUAUCAUCAAGUUAAGUGAAGCUUUGAUGCUGUUCAGUUCUGUUUUUGACCAGAUGUUUGGGGGUGAUACCAGACCAGAGAUUUCAUCUUAGCUCAUCCUUGCAACAGGAGAAUAAAACUGAUCAAUUAACAUAAAAGAUGGUCUCUAAAAGCUAUGAAUAAUCCUGAUUAACAGUCAUAAUCUCAAAUUGAUCAGAAUAAUGGGGAUUAUUUUUGGAUUAUAAUCGUGAAGCCCUACCUUCAGGUGAAAUCAGGUUCUGUGUUUGGAAUAGCUCUUCUAAAUCCAAAAGAGCUUUUUUAUUAGUUUUUCUAUUGCAUGAAUUGUCCUGGCAAACAUUAAAAGACAAUUUUGCAUCAAGCAAGUUUCAGGUAGAUGGUUUGUGCCAGCUGCUGUGUGCACAAACAUCUGUUUACAUGUCUGAAAGCCAAAUAGAGCGGGGUGCUGACAGGGGAAAGAUUCUUGGAAUCAGUGCACCUCAAGGCCCUCAUAUCACCUGCGAUGAAAAGACGGCUAACUCUCCUCUCCUAUUUGAUUGCAACAAAGAUGAAACCGAGCAAAUUUUUUUGCUAUUCCCAGCCAUCCUCCCUGGUAUCCGUGAACCAAGUCAACAAGCAGAUUUUCAGAGAAAAACCGGCUUCAGGGGAAAGUAAAAAGAGACUUGCUGUCAAAGAGUUUUCUGGCACCUUGGUGUGCCCUUGACUGCUGUAUCCGUCAGUAGCAUCUCUUCUCUGUGUGUGCCUGUGUGUGUGCUGAGAGUAAAACGUUUGUCUCUGUCUCUGCCAGAAAGCCAUUUUAAGUUUGUAUGUGUGUGGUUGUGUCACUGUAUAAGACUUUGUGUUUGUGAGGACCAUUUUCAGUCCCUCCCCUUCACUUUUCUCCACGCAGGCUGAGCACUUGACACAGCUUGUCUCCCUCAUGACAAUCACAGUGGCAUCUUAUCUGUCUCCAUCCUUGUUUUUGUGAACACACACACACACACACACGCACACGAGCUGCUGACUUUUUGCUGUCACCUGGCUUUUUGUGCCAUCGCUGUCAACUAGGCCAAGCCAGAGCUUAACUUUUUAUUGGUUUAAGCCCUUUUCCUUUUGGAAAGCAAUUCUGGUGUUAUAUUUCAAACCCGUCAUGAAAUAACAACUUCAUCCUUUUUUAUAGGCCUCCAUCCCUGCUGACAGCUUUAACUAAGCUUUCAUUGAAGAUCAAACUGUGGUUUGAAACCUUUCAUCCAUCUUGUACCCAUCAUCUUCAAAAAUGGUCCAGCAGUAUGGGAAGUACACCUUUUAUAAAAUGUAUAAUUUUGAGAUCAGAAGAUGGGUAUUGAUCUCCAUGUCUGCGCUGGAUGUUUAAGAGGAUGUUUUUUAUUAUGGCGCAGACUGAUGAAAACAGGCUGGAAGCUGUGUGCAGCAAAUCACCAUAUUUAAUAUUCACAAAUUGGCAUUUUGUGUUACUUUUAUGUUAGUACAGCAUAGGUAAAAAGGUAACAAUCACAGCUUUAGCUGCAGCUACAGCAGACAGUCUAAUUAAAAAGAACCACAAAUAGCCUCCAACACUACACACUGACUGUACAACUAAUAAUGGCAUUUCCAUUACGGCCAAAGAUUGAGGACUCUUUCUUUGAGGACGGACUGUGCUCUGUACAACUUUGUGCCUGCUCCAGUUUGACCUGUCUGCACUUUAACUAAUCUGGAUGUUGACAUUUAUAAUUAUUAAUCUGCAGAAUUUUUGGUGAGAUUGCACCAAUAUAUUGGCUGAAUAUCAGUAUUGGCUGCUAAAUGCCUUGAUGACACACAUCAGCCUUUCUAUUGACCCCUUUACAGUCUGCCCCAUCACAAAUCACACAUUACUGCCCAUCUUGAUGGUGGAAACAGUUUUUUGCUUGAGCUAUCCAGACAAGUUAGUAUGCUGUAAACACUGAAUUAAAAGGACUAACAACAUUAAAAUGUCUGGAAGUUGCAGUGUUGACUAUCAGAGUCAAGAUUCUAACUAUUGACUCAAUUUAUACAAAAUUACAACAAGAUCAUGACCUCUGCAGAGUGACCCUGUUAACUGAUGACUUCCGGCUCAAUCUGCCAGUGGUUGUCAUGAUAACAACAGAUGUUAAGGCAUGAACAGAAUACAUCCUGGUCAAUUUUUUUUACAACAUUAUCAAAAUAUACUCAGAGAUUAGGGGUGGGAGAAAAAAUACAGCAUAUUAAUUGCUAAUAUGAAGUCAAAUCUAUGAUAAUGGAAAAAUAAGAUCAACUGUUUGUCCAGUGAGGUUGGCAGAGGUGACAUCAUAGGGCACAAGAAAAUUAGUGCAACGAAUACAUAAUGUUUGCAAGAUGUGCUACAUGAAAAUAAAAUACUGUGUAAAUAAGACAAACAUAAAGGAAAGACAAAUGCUAAAUUAGCUAAACAGUUAAAAAAAUUGCAUAAAUCACAAUGUAUUGUAUCGCUAUACUCAGUGUAUUGCAAAAUGUUUAAAAUCCCAUAAAUAUUGUACCGUGGCCCAAGUAUCGUGAUAAUGUCGUAUUAUGGCGCUACUGGUGAAUCCCACCCCUAUCAGAUACAGUAUGUAGUUUAAAAAAUCUAACAGCAUUUCCGAGGGAUCCAUCCAACCAAAGUUUUCCAGUUACAGGGUCACAGUUUGUUCCAAAAGAUCAGCUGAGUCUGUGGCUGCAAGCUAUUGAUCAUGUUCACUGCAUCCAAUUUUGUUCAUAUGGCUUUUACUACAGAUGAAUAUGUUUACGGAUUACAUUUUGAACCCAAUCUUUACCAUUUGUAGAUAAUGGGGGAGCUGGCUCCAAGCCUGGUUAUGACUAAAUCACUGCUGUAAGACAAUAAGGACUCAUAAUGGAUUGAUGAUUUAGAAGUCAAAGUUUGAUUUACUGGUAAAAAAAGAGAAAUCAUGUUCACAUUUCAACCACAUCAUCAAACAGUUGACUAUGUAAAAAAAACAUAAAACAGAAUUAUUAUUAUGCUGUCAGCCAUACUUGUUUUUCAGGGUCUAAAUAGACUCAUAUUUUAGGGGACAGAAGAAGAGAUGGCUGAGGUUGAUCAUUUUUGUUUUAUUCUCAAACAACUAAAAUCAAAACACCUGUAAAGUUUCCUGAUGUUGGCAUUAGGCCAUUGGUUCAUAAGGAAACAUUUGGUUGCCACCAAUGUAUCACACAUUCAUGUGAGUAACAUUUGAAGUCAAUAACCCUGAUGAUAAUCUUGAUAUGAAACAGGUUAAAAAUAGCUACAGGAAGGUACGCUGUGGAGGUGUACAUGAUCAUAUAUCACAUAGUCUGUGUCCAGCACUUCUUUCUCUGCUCAUGUAAAUCACUGUACGUACUGUCGUCAAACAGAGGACUAUAUCUGAGCCAGCUGCUCACUUUAAUGUGCUUCAUAUGUUAGACUUGAUAAUGGCAACUUCUGUUUACUGUGUUUGUGAACGAUUGGUGGCCAAGCUCGUGUGCUUAUGUAAGUAAGUAAGUAUAAAAAGGGAGGUAAUUCACUUUUAUGUAAAGGACAGGAGGGGGUAUUGGCAGCUGGUAGGAAGUUCUUGUAUGUAGAAGAAUCCCUGGUACAUCUAAAGGUUAGAGCUGGUGGUCAUGUGUGCAGGAGCACACUGUACUACUUAAAGCACAGCAGAUCAUGAUGUAAAAACUUUUAACUUAAAAUGCUAGUUCAGCCUUUUUGUUUUUCAAAUUUCAAAUUCUUUCAAACAUUGAGUUUGGGCUCUUUUCUUGACAUUUAAUUAAAACUUUUUAAAAUCAAAUUUGAAUUUAAGUCCUGAAAUCCUGACUAACCUAUGAGUCUACAGGUCAGAAAAGGAAGGAUCUUAAAGUCUGCAGGUUGACAAUGUGAAAUUAUUCUGCGAGGAGUUGCUGAUGUGAGCAGAAUUCGCACCACCAGACUCUGGUGGUCCUUGAAGGUUGAUGCACAAAUACCUGAGCUGAUUACAUAUUGAUCUGUUCAGUGGUUAGUUCAAACAGGCAGUCCACUUACAACUCUGUUUUUAAAAUCAUAAUGCUGCCAAACUGCACAGUGAGAUACCAUCUGUCAUCUGUGCCUGUUUACCUCCAGGUAGUGGUGGUUUGCCAUGCCACUGCUUAGACAACAUUUUGGACCUAAAAAGAAAACAGUACUUAUAAAUUCUUCCACCUCAGUGGUAAUUCUGGUGCUCAAGUGUCCAACAGAUAAAUUAAACUCAUUUAAUUGAUCUGAUUUGCAUUUCCCGGAGAAGCUGAGUUUGGCAACCUAGACCAUUUACAGGGGCUGUUUAUUGUAAAUGCUAUUAGGAUUCACAUUUCUCGAUUUCUAUUCAUCUAAUAAACAAAUUAGACCUCUUGAGUAAAUAAAGUGGCUGUAGAUCUUUUGGUUUGUAUGUUUAACUCAACAAGCAGAGAACUAAGAAAAUUGUUUCCAUGUUCCUUCAGUCCCUAAAGUAGUGAUGCACGAUAUGAAAAAUUUCAACCGAUACCGAUAACCGAUAAUUUUCUUCUUCUCAUGGCCGAUACCGAUACCGAUAACCGAUAAAUUCAUAUUUUUACAUUUAUUAUAAUCUUCAUAUAAUCUGCAGUUUGUGCAGGAUGCAGCGAUUGAAAACUGAUGUUUUUGUUGCUCUGGCCUAUCUAGAACAACAAACAAAAGUUUUUGGCUCUUCAAAUGUGGUCAUUUGCUAUAAAUAACAAUAACAGAGCAAAAAGCAGAACUUCAUUUGAUCCCCUGAACUGUUCAACAGAACUGUAAACUGUAAAGGAGCUAUUAUGAGACGUUAGCAUUAGCAUGCUGACCGGACUAACGUCUGACGUCCAUAUGUCUGUGGUAAAACUCACGUGUAGUCCCUUUCUGUCGAUCAGGUUGUGAAUGUAUGUGGCGACAAUAUCAUAGAGUGCAGGAAGAGACACAUCCGAGAAGAAGCGGCAGCUUGGGAGAGUGUAACAUGGCUCCAAGUGUGCUAAUAACUUACGAAAACCCGGGUUCUCAACGACGGAAAAAGGCUGGUCGUCGACCGCUAUGAACUCCAUCACUUUGUCGUUAAUGGCUUUAGCCUUUUCGCUGUCUCUUGAGAAGCUUUUGCAGUUUUUAAACACCUGCUGAAUGGGGACAUCGAUCCUCCGUAGUGUUGAUGUCUUAGCUUUAGUACCGCUAGCAGCUUCGGCGGCUGUCUCAUAUUCUUUUACUACCGCUUCGCCGCGAUGGCGACUUUUCAGAUGAGCUAUCAGAUUCGCUGUGUUAAUACUUGACGUCUUCUUUCCUCCUCUUGGAAUCCUCGCUGAACAGGUUUUGCAUAUAGCAAUACUGUUGUCAUCUUCUGCCACUGAGAAAAACGACCAUGCUGGUGAAGACAUUUUAUUAUCUGUCAGGUAGUGACGGGGUCAGGCUUGGGACCUGCGAGUAAGGCGCGAUAGAUGACGUAACCAGCGCGUCUCGGACGGGCGGCUACUCCGCCUGCAAACGUUACUCGUAAUUUCAUUAAUAUAUCGGAUCUUUCUAUCGGAAAAAUGCACCUAUCGGGCCGAUAAAAAAUGACGUAAUUUCCCCCCAAAUCGGCCGAUAUUUUAUCGGUCCGAUAAAUAUCGUGCAUCCCUACCCUAAAGUUUAGCUAAUCUAGCCAGGUCGUGACCACCAGUAGUUGACUUAUUGCACACCUAUCAGGGGAGUAAAUAAUAAAAGAAAGCAAACAAAUACAGCUCUGAAAAUCUGUUGCUUUAGAAAAAAUACACAUCUCCUAACAUUUCCCUUCUUACCUGUGUGAUAAUAGACAGCCGUUCGUCUUGCUGUUAAAAUUUGCUUCUUCCUGGCUGCCUAUGAGAAGCUCCAUUGUAACACCUGUCCUGAUAUCCUGCCAGAGACAUUGCUACUGGGACUGAACCUAGGACUCAGCUGUGAGCCAUGUGUCAUGCUGCUUCCACCUGUGUUUACCUGAAUACUUUGUUUUAUCCUAAAAAGAGCGAGCUAUUAAACCCUGGAUUCCCAGUGUCAGUACUGGCUCUCCGUACUUCACAUGAGUCUCCAGUGGCUGUCCUCAUAAUGAGAUCACAGUUCCAGUUGGUCUCAUAGUUAAUCAAGGAAGUGGCUUCAUCUGGCUGUUCCCUCAUUCACUGACUCAGGAAGGAAGGAGUUUGAGAUGUUUUUCUGCAUUCAGGCUUUGUGAGCGUAAUUAGCAAAUAUGCUAAUGACUCUUCAGCGCUAAGUGCCAUCGUCCGGAGCGAUUAACCCCACAUCCCCCCCCUGUCCCUGCCUCUGGCUCUGGCAGGGUCCUCGUCAAUGAAAGUUGUAAUUAAGGGGGAUGAAGAAAUGUAAUUACCUCGCUACCCAAUGUGUGUGUGUAUUGUAUGUGUGUAAUGUGCUGUCUAAUGACAGAAGCACAGAUUUAGCCUAAUCUGUUUAUGGAGGCAUAUCUUUUGGUUGGAAGGCACAUGGAGCUUGCAUUGAAUGUGAAAUGGAUCAAAAAAUGUGUGAGUGCAGCAAAAUAUCUUAUCUUUUAAGCCUGUGGAACUGAAGUUUGAAGACGUCUUUGAUUGUACAUAAUCACAAUUGUUAUUUGAGCCAAGGUGUGUUUGACAUCUUUUCCCUUUUUCAGUUUGGAUUUAUUCAGUAUUAGAGCACUUACUAAGAACAGCAGCUCUGUGAUCUGUGUUUGGUUCAAAGCAUUUUUCAUCUGUGACAGUGAGGGUCAUUAAAAUGUGACACUGUUCCCACACCCCCCUCGUCUUUUAAAAUAAAACUUUUCAGCCUUAUAAAAUGCUUUUUGCAGGAAUUUAGAACAAAGAACUAUUUUCUCACUUUAAAAAAUGUGAUGCCAGUUGUCACACUGCUCCAGUUCGCGUUUGUAAAACCUCAGGAGACAAAAAGAAAGAGACCAUGCUCGAAUUCUGCUUAAGCCCGAGAUACUCAAAACGAGGGCUGCAUCAUUAACUCCAUCACGCUCUGGGCAUCUUUCUCUGUCAACAACUGCAGCUUUGCCAAUGCUUGAGAUUUUCCGACUCGCUGCGAUAAAACAGACGCGAGCUUUGUCAUCCCCUGUUCGCAAUUGCCUUGUCACCCUCUUUCAAGUCAACAUAAUUAGCUGUAGCUUUCAUUUUUCCUCUCUCUCUCUCUCUCUCUCUUUGAUGCCAGGGGUGGAAGCAUGUCUGCAGGCAGGCAAGUGGAUCCCUGAAACCGAGCACGAAGCAGGAGAAGGCCCCCAGCGCAGUCGCAUCAACAGAUGCAGUUUGGUAAAUGAGAGGCAUACCAACACACACAAUAAGUAGUUCAGUAUAGAAUAUUGUCUAGACCUUCUGUCCUUUGGGAAAAAUGCUUUCCUCAAGCAGUGGUACAUUUUUGCUUGGUCCAUUUAAAGAACAUUUUUCUUUGACACAUUCUAUUUUCAGUAGAAGUAGAGAUAGAACUGCAACAAUUGGAAGUGUCAGGGUGUUUUGACAAAUUUAAGGGGAUGUAUGCCGUUAUCCAAACACCAUACAUCAGCAAACCACACCACCCCCACCUAAAACCCUGGAAUUAUCAGACUCAUGUUGUGGGGAUGUUUGUUUUGCAGCCAGCUCUGUAAGGUUUAUAAAGGUAGAGAGUGAAAUGAAUGCAAUAAAAUCCUGGAGGAUGACUUUCUGUAGUCUAUAAGACAACUGUGAUUCUGGGGAGGAUUUAUUUUUCAGUAAGACAGCAUCUCCAAACAAAGCCAAGGCCAGACAGAUAGCCUCAGUACAACAGCAACAAGGUUAAUGCCUAGCUGUUGCCAAAAUAUAGUUAUGCCCUCGGUGCAAAGUAGCAUUUGUGGAAAAAAAAAGGCUAAAAAAUCUUCCAGUUGCCAUGAAAUUGGACUGUUUUCAUUUGAAGAAGGAUAAAUUCAGCACACUGCAUGGUCUAGAUGGCAAAGCUGAUAUAGGACUGUUGAAAAAACCUCAGGCUGUUCUUCUAAAGGUGUGUCUCUGCUUCAUGUAAAGUUUCACUCUACAAUGUCUAAGUGCAAAAUAAUGGGGUUCCCUGAGUGUCCAAUAGAGGCUGCCUCCAAAAACCACAGACUGCAUUAAACAUGGGUGGAGUCUCAGUAAUGUCUACUGUUGGUUUCUGAACAGGCAUAAUGAAGCAAUGGCAGACACCAAACUGCAAAUGCUGAUUCAGUCUAGCUGUGGAUGAACUUGAAGUAGAUUAGGGCUGGACAAUUAUGGCGAAAAUAAUAAUCACGAUUAUUUUGACUGAUAUUGAAAUCAUGAUUAAUAAACACGAUUGUUCAUUGGUUUCAAAACUUGAGUAUUAAUUGAACCACCAAAACUUAACUUUAAAUAUAACUCAAAAGAACAGCCAGAAAUAAAUUAGUAAAAAUUAAAAAUAAUAACAAUAGUAAAUUAAAAUAAUGAUAAAAAUAAAAACAAUAAAUGAAAAUAAUUACCCAAUCUACAUGCACUCAUGCAAAACUUGCAACAUGCAAAAAACACUAACUGCUAAAAAAACACUUUGUAAAAACAAAAAAGGAUUGGCCACAAAUUGCUAUACAUCCUCAGCUGUGUUUGCUGAUAACUUGCAAAUGCUAAUACUCAGUGCGCUUACACUUGCUCCGCGGUGCAGCGCCCAUGUGCGCAUACAUAUCAUAGACUGUAUGUACUAUGGACAACUUGUUACCACCUCCCACCUGUAUACAGAUUUGAAGCCAAAAAGCUCUCUGUAUUUCCAGGAUUUUUCUUCAUUUCUGAAACCAGCAUUGCACAGUAGCGUUGUGCGCAGUCGCUGAGAGUCGCUGUGAUGACGCUCGGCUCAAACAGCAUAUCCCCCCGGGUGAGCUACGCAAUCCCUGAAUGCCAAUAGGCUGUAUUAGGUUUCAAUCAAAGAAAACAUGAACCCCCUAAUAACUUUUAAAAACGGAGCUUCACAGAUUUAUUUUCAUAUUCUGGAGGGAUUGAUAAAUGUCAGAUGUUUUGACACUGUGAUACUUGAAUAAAUGUUUUAUACCAUAUUUUGAAUUAAUUCAGACCUUUUGUGCAUUUAUUUUUGUCUUGUUACAUUUUUUUCCAUUAUUCCAACUUUGGGGGGCGUGGUAGCAAUUUGAUUGACUUUCAGCCAUUUAUGGCCAUGAUGUGCUGUUUAUAUUUUGUUGCUUUUAUUACACAGUAGGUUGUGUCAUUUUUAUGUAUGAAACAUAAGCUUUUUGCUAAACUUACUGUAUAUAUUUCAUUGUGCUGGGUGCAAAUCACUUGAGUUGAGACGUUUUCUUCAAGAAAUUUGCUACAUUUCAUAAUCUGAAUUCACUUAUGCGUAUACUAAGGCACCAAUAACUGUUUGAGGUGUUAGGUAUAUGUAUUUAUGACAUUUGAGAAAGAUUUUGUCUUGCCAGAAUCAACAUAGCAGUUUCUACAAGCAAAAACAGCAGCACCAUAUAAUUGUUUUUUGUCUUACUCACAUAUAUGUACAUUUCUGGCUGGUCUUUUGUUGUCAAAAAAAACACUUUCUAAUACUAGUUCUGUAAGUUUCCCAAUGUGUCCUUGUAAAGUCGAGAACGUCUUCACUCUGGACAGAUGAUAGAUGCAUAUAGCAUCGUUUUGUUCCUUUUUUUAUGCACUUUUGAAGGCUGUUUUCUUUUUUUCCUUUUCUUUUCUUCCUCUUCGCUUGUCUCGCUGCUAGAUGCGCUCAUCGACAUGUUUGUGUAUUUCUGAUACUAUGGCAACGAGACUCGGCUCCUAUUGGUCCACGGGACAAAAAUUGCUUCACCCCUCUGCAUAUUCGACUGCAAGUAUCACUACGCCGCAGAAAGGAAAUAGUUUGACACCGAAACACUGAUUACUAAAAAUCGACAGGAUGACAUGAGUAAUUAUUUUUUUUUAGUUCUUACUAUCAAUAGAGCUAUUUUAUGAAUCACAGUUUAUGUGGCCCCACUGAAGUGGAACGACAUUCACUUUCUAGGCACUUUUUCCUCUGUCCCAAUACAGCCUAUGUAGCAAGUGAUAAUCUUAUUCCCUGAACAAAAACAGAUUUUUAAAGCUUGGACUAUUACAGGGUUUGUUAUAGUGAUGGCUCUUCAAAGACAGAUUUGUUAUAGAGACACUAUGUUUAAGACGUCCCUGUUGUCCUCAAAAGCAUCAUGAGUCGUAAAAAUAUAUCUGAAAGUAAAAGCCAACCUUAGUGUCGUCGAAGAACGCUCUUACGAGAGACUCUGGGGGAUGCCAGUUUACCCCGUAUGUCACUGGAGUUCACUGAUACUGCGAAUGCAACAGUCUCCCGUGGCCUAAUUCAAUGCUGCUUUAAACAGCAAUGCUAAGUGGCUCAGGGUUUGUCUGGAGAACUGCACUGAUACAGAAAAAGUCUCCUGGCUCCUUCACAAAGAAGUAAAUACAAAGCAUCUACACAGGCACUUGGUAUUAUAAAAGCCUAGAUUUAGCAGCAAAGAGCUCAUCAGUGUUUAACUUCAUCACAAACAAAAGAGGAGACUUUAAUCCUUUUACUGUUCUCAGAAGAACUUCGGUUUGAUCUUGGCACUGGCUUUAAGUUAUUCACAUCAUUUUUUGCACAAGGAUGACAGAUAAUUGCUUUAAUGCACAAAGAAUUAAAAGAAGUUUCCACUAAUGUUUUAAUUCUUUUCCUCCUCAUCUUUCAUCUUCUGCAGCUCCCUCCGCUCUUCGAUGGCUGUUUUUUCUUCCUCCUCGGCUCCUUCAAGGCUCCUCCCAAGGACGAGCUUACCAGGCUGCUAAGAGAGGCAGGAGGUCAGCUCCUGAGCCGGCAGCCAAAGCCCGACAGCGAUGUGACCCAAACCUUGAGUGCUGCCGCCUACCACGCGCUGCCGGGCUCUGACCAGGCGCUCUGCACCCAGUACAUCAUCUUUGACCCCCAAGGCCCACACAAGCCAGCAGUUGUGAGGAGAGGUAAGGUGUGGUCAGCUCCCUCGAACUGGAUCAUUGACUGCAUUUCAGAGUUUCGCCUCCUUCCUGUGCCAGAGCCUCAGACUGCAAUCUAAACUGCUCUUUCUGUAACUCCUUUACACUGAGAAAUCAUGUGUUUUUGAUCAUGAUUAUUAUGUUUUUUAACUGUAUUAAAGUAUGUAGUCAUAUGGCUGACAGAAAUCACAUGUGCAAACAGUAAUGAAACUAAUGUGACUCUUAAAACCUAAGAUUAAAAUAGUUGCCUUAAUGUUUUGUUGUCUCAUUUCUGGCUGAGUGGGAGGUAAUGUCUUCUUUAUAAGGUGCACAGCCUAAACCUUUCCUGUAAAUAUAAGGCAUCUGUUCUGCUAGAGAAAUUGAAUUCUUUUAGGGGGGCGUGGGCUCCACAUGUAGAGUAGGUUAACACAAAGUCCAGAACAAAGCCUGGAAACUCAUCAGUGGGAGUGUUUCCAUCAUACUUGCAAUAUGUUGGAUGCUUUGUCUAAACACCCUCCAACAGUAGUGGACUCACUAGAUGCAUCCAACCACUAAGGGUGGGAGAAAAGUUGAUACAGCAUAGUAUCACAAUAUUUUUGUCUGGUGAUAGAUCAUAUGCUCUCAUUUACCGAGUAUCGAUUUUUCAAAUUGAUUGCAAAUAUGAAGUCAAAUCCAUGAUAAUAGGAAAAUAAAAUCCACUGUUUGUCCAGUGAGGUUGGCAAAAUUGUAUAAAUCACAAUAUAUUGUACCGCAGGGCUCACUGUAUUGCAAAAUGUUAAAAAUAGCAAUAAUAUUGUAUCGUGGCCAAGUAUCAUGAUAAUAUCAUAUUAUGGGGCCACUAGUGAUUCCCACCCCAACCAACCAUAUAGGUAAGUCUC